GUAGAAUUCCUGUAUUAAUGAAGAUCAUGUGACCGUAUUGAGAUGCAUCAUAGGGAUAAUAACGAUACUUUAAAUAAUUUCAUCGAAACCAACUUUUCACUAUAUCCUUUACAUAUGGCUGACAAAGAGCAUAAAGGUAUGGAAGAAUCUACAGACAAAGUUGAAGGUAAGGAUGAAGAUAAAGCUGAAGUGACCGUUGAUGUAACGAACAAUGAGGUAAAAUUCAAGAACGCUCCUAUGGGAACUGAUGUUGAUACAGGGAAAGAAGUGUGUCACAACUGUGCUAGGUCACAGGAAAGCAUGGCAAGAGUUAUGAACGAGACCUUAGAUGAAUCGCGCAAGCUUGAAAGCAAAAUAAAAGAAUUAACUGCUCAGAAGAAACUUGCAGAAGAAAAAUAUAUUCAGAUACAGCAAAUGUCUGAUGAAAUUACAGCAAGUAUGGCGGAUGUGUUCAACAAUAAAUUAGAGCUAGAAAAUCUUAAUGAUAAAUUUUCUAACACUAAAGUGGCAAAGCGUUUUGAAAGUUUGUACAACAGCGACAAUAAAUGGCCGUCACUAACAGAAUGGUUAUUGGAAACUAUCGAGGGAAUCGAUGAACUAAGCAUGAUCAAACACUUGUCAUCACUUAUGAAAAAAGCCUAUGAAACAUGUAUCAAAAUUUCUGACAAUGAAAUAAGAGUUUUUCUUGCUCUUGAAGAUGACGAACCACUUCCGUCAUCGCGAGAGAACCCUCUUCUGUAUAAAGUUAAAAGAAACCAUGGACGUACAGAAAAACGAAGAAAUGCUAUCAAAAAGAGUGUUUGGGAAAUUGUAUCAAAAGAAGACAGCAUGUGUGUAUUACUCCACGAAAAACAGAGUGAAACAAUGGAGGAGGGCGAAGCCAAACUUAAAGAUUUCUUUAACGAAUUCAUAGAUAUCUGCUGGCUAUCAGCAAUUUCUCAACCGAAACUCAUCCUGAAUUUUAAUGUCAUCGACGAACUGUACGAAGGAAGUAUACGUGACCGAUUUACGCAAUACGCUUGCCAAGAUACCGUAAAAGACAUGUCAAGGGUCAAAAACACUAUAAUCGAGGUUGUGUGGCCAAGCGUUGAGCUAGAAGAUGGGUCAGGAAUUCAUACUAAAGGCGAUGUUAUUGUAGUCGAAGAGGGGACAGAUGAGAUGAAUACGAAAGGGAAAGAAACAAAUCAGAAUGAGCAAGCAAAGGAAAUGAGUCAGAAAAAUAUAGAUAAGAAGGGAACAAGUGAAAAACGAGCAAUUCGAGAUAAGACAAAUGAGAAAGGAGCUAGUGGGGCAAAAGUGGAGGGAACAUGUCAGAAACAAGCUAAUGAACUCGGUACAAAUGGGGAGGAAACUUGUGAGCAGGUAACUAAUGAAGGUGAGGCAAUUGGGGAAGAAACAUGCAAGAAGGAAACUAGUGAGGAGGUUACAGAUGAGGAGGGAACGUCUGUGAAAGGACCUAACGAAGAUGGGGAAAAUGGUGAAAAUAUAUGCGAGAAAGGAACUAUUGAAGAUGGGGCAAAUAGGGAAAUAACAUGCGGGAAUGGAAUUUGUGAGAAGGGUACAAAAAAAGAUGGAACUUGUGAGAAAGAAACUAAUGACGAAGGGACAAAUGGGAAGGCAACUUGUGAAAGGAACUAGUGAUGAGGUGAACGUACAAGAAAGGAGUUAAUAAAGAGGGUUAAGAUUGGGGACAUAUAUUGUCGAACUGUUAUGUAUGAUUUAAAGAUUUGGUUUUUUAUGUUCGUUCGUUUGUUUGUUUGUUUGUUUGUUCGUUCGUUCGUUCGUUCGUUCGUUCGUUCGUUCGUUUGUUAUAUCCAAUUUAUAAAUAAGGCUGAAAGAUGAUAUUAAAGUGUUGUCAUUGUUGUUGCUGGUGUUGUGGUUGAUGUGGUUUUGAUAUUAAUAAUAACUUUCAACUUAUAUUUCAAGCUAAUUAACUAAUUAUUUUUCGAAUCUUUAAAAACAUAAAUAUCUGCAUGAUAAUUAAAAAUUGAUCAACGCGUUGCUUUUUUAAAAUAUUGAUAAACGAUUUGCCCUUUUUGAACACUGAAUUAACUCAAAUUGAUAAACACUAUUUUCAUAUUUUCAAUAUCAGUAAAUAAUUACUGUAACCCAGUUUUGUGCACAUGAAAACGAGAGCUAAUGCAAUAAAAUAAAAUGAUGUUUGAAAAUGAGUUAUGCAGGUUAUUUUGUUUUUACAUUGUAAAAAAUUAAUUGUUUGCCAUUAACUAGAUUAAAUUCAUGUGUUAAACUAUAUAUAAUAAAACAAACAAAG